CCGCCUCUCUUUUAUCUCUCCCUUUUCACAUAUUAAUAUAUAAACAAUACAACAAAAGCUAUAUAUUUGUAUUAUUAUAUUAUAUACACACAUAUCUCAACAAGUUCUCCUUUCUUUCUUUGCUCAUUCAAAGACCGAGAGAGAGAGAGAGAAAGAGAGAGAUAUCCAAAGGCUGCUCAAGCAAAGCUCUAGCCUUGGUCUUUCGCAUUUUCUGUCACCAUGAUCUCCUUGCAUAGAAGCUGUUUUCUGAACAACAGCGGCAUUUCUGGGUCGUCAAGCCUUUUCUCUUACAAGUUGAAUAAGCUGCCGCCAGCUUCGGUCAAAGCGACGGCUUUAGGUCCCAACAGCGAUACAAACGCCAGCGUUCUGAUUGAGAACAACAAUGCAUUCAAAGAAAUAACACAAGAUGGCACUUCUUCUGCUGCUGACGUGGACAUCAAUCUCACCGUUGCCGGCGGUGAUCGUGAAGUCUACUAUGAUGACGCCGCCACAGAGGAUCAGCUUGUCACCCCUUGGUCUGUCUCUGUUGCUAGUGGGUAUUCUUUGUUGCGAGAUCCUCACCACAACAAAGGCCUUGCCUUCACCGAGAAAGAGAGAGAUGCUCAUUACUUGCGUGGUCUUCUUCCCCCAACCGUUAUUUCUCAAGACCUACAGGUGAAGAAAAUGAUGUAUAGUAUCCGAAAGUAUAAAGUUCCUUUGCAGAAAUACAUGGCCAUGAUGGAUUUGCAGGAGACAAAUGAAAGGCUGUUCUACAAACUUCUGAUCGACAAUGUCGAGGAGUUGCUGCCAGUUGUGUAUACUCCAACUGUUGGUGAAGCUUGCCAGAAAUACGGGAGCAUCUUCAGGCGUCCUCAGGGUCUUUUUAUCAGUUUGAAAGAAAAGGGUAACAUUCAUGAAGUUCUGAGAAAUUGGCCUCAGAAGGAUAUUCAAGUCAUUGUUGUCACUGAUGGGGAAAGAAUUUUGGGUCUAGGAGACCUCGGAUGUCAGGGAAUGGGAAUACCUAUAGGGAAGCUUUCUUUAUAUACGGCACUAGGAGGGGUCUGUCCGUCUGCUUGCUUGCCUGUAACCAUUGAUGUGGGCACGAACAAUGAGCAGAUGUUGAAUGACGAGUUCUAUAUAGGACUUAGGCGAAGGAGAGCUACCGGACUGGAAUAUGCCGAACUUAUGGAUGAAUUCAUGACUGCAGUCAAGCAGAACUAUGGGGAGAAAGUUCUCAUUCAGUUUGAAGAUUUUGCAAAUCACAAUGCAUUUGAUUUGCUUGCUAAAUAUGGCACAACUCAUCUGGUUUUCAAUGACGAUAUUCAGGGAACAGCAUCUGUGGUCCUUGCAGGGCUUGUUGCCGCAUUGAAAGUAGUUGGCGGAACCUUGGCUGAUCAUAGAUUCUUAUUCCUCGGUGCUGGGGAGGCUGGUACUGGCAUAGCAGAACUCAUAGCACUUGAGAUUUCAAAACAGACAAAUAUGCCACUUGAAGAGGCUCGCAAGAAGAUUUCGCUUGUGGACUCCAAGGGACUGAUUGUUAAAUCCCGCAUUGACUCUCUUCAGCAUUUCAAGAAGCCCUGGGCUCAUGAUCAUGAACCCAUCAAGAAACUUGUUGAUGCUGUUAAUGGAACCAAGCCGACAGUGUUGAUUGGAACAUCGGGAGUAGGAAGGACAUUUACUAAAGAAGUUGUUGAGGCUAUGGCUGCCUUGAAUGAUAGACCUAUUAUAUUCUCUCUUUCUAAUCCGACUUCUCAAUCGGAAUGUACUGCUGAAGAAGCUUAUACAUGGAGUAAGGGUCGAGCAAUUUUUGCCAGUGGAAGCCCAUUCGACCCCGUUGAAUACGAGGGAAGAGUAUUUGUGCCUGGUCAGGCAAAUAAUGCAUACAUCUUCCCUGGCUUUGGUCUCGGUUUGAUAAUGUCUGGUGCCAUCCGUGUUCAUGAUGACAUGCUUCUGGAAGCCGCGGAAGCUUUGGCUGCACAAGUGACGCAAGAGAACUUCGACAAGGGACUCAUUUACCCACCAUUCAAAAACAUUAGACAGAUUUCAGCCAACAUUGCCGCAAAUGUUGCAGCUAAAGCAUAUGAACUUGGUUUGGCUACUCGCCAGCCUCGGCCUAAGGACCUUGUGAAGUAUGCAGAGAGCUGCAUGUACAACCCUGCCUAUCGAAGCUACCGGUAAAGUUGUAUUGAAGCUUGUCUUUUGGAAACAAACCCCUCGCCCUAAACCAUUCCUUCUCAUAUCUUGUCUUGCAAGUUACUUGGUGGGAAAGAUAAAUGUAGGUUGAGAAAAAGGAAACAUGUUGUUAUGGACUUGAAAAGGUUUUAACCUGAAAUAUAAGGUUCUUUGAAGUGUCAAAGAUGGUGUGCUACUAACUACAUUAAAAAUCACCAAUGGCCUUGCUUGGGCUGAUAUUCCAAGAUUAAAUAGGACCAAAGUCAAUUGCUUAGAAAACACGACAAAGGUUUUAAAUUCAUUUUCCGUUGUUAAUAUCAAUCUUUAAAUUUUAUUAUA